AUGCUCACCAAGGCUCUCCCCGUUGCUCUCCUUGCUGGCGCUGCCUCGGCAGCUUGCCCUCUCGCUGUGUCAAUUGCCAACGCUGACAACCACAUUGUCAACGUUCAGGUUACCAACACUGGAAGCGAGACGCUUCAGGUUUUCAAGGGAAACACGGUUUUCAGUGAUCAUGCUACCAAGGACCUCUUGGUAGCCGAUGCAGCUGGCAAAGCUCUCCCGUUCAACGGAGUCUAUGUCAACUACAAGAAGACCGGCCUCUCAUCCGACAGCUUCCAGAAGAUCGCCGCUGGCGAGACCGUCACCGUCUCGGUCAACGCCGCUAAGAGCUACAAGCUCGAGGGCGUCCAGCAAGCCAAGGUCUCCGCCAUCCAGGGCUUCCGCUAUGCGACCGGCGAGGCAGCCCCCUCUGCCCUCAGGGACCUCUCAGUCUGCGCUGAUCAGACGACCAGCUCCGUCGAUGUGACACCCGACCAGAGCACCGUCGCAGCAGAGCACAUCUCCAAGCGCUCGGAGCCAUUCUCUUCGCGCAUCCAGAAGCGUUCCAUCACCUACUCCUCGUGCUCGACCUCCCAGACCUCGACUCUGAAGACCAGCGUCGCCGAUGCCAUCUCCAUGGCCGGCAAGGCCGCGACCGCCGCCGCCUCCUCUGCGGACUACUACACCACCUGGUUCAAGUCGACCUCCGUUGCCUCAAAGGUCCAGACCAUCUACAACGAUGUAAAGAACGUACAGACCACGUCCCCCGAGAUCUCUUGCACCGACACCUACGGCGACUGCUCCGACGGCUCAGCCCUGCUCUACACGGUACCCUCCGACAACGUCAUCGUGCCCUGCCCCAACAACGGUUUCUGGGACUUCCCCGAGUAUGCGAGCCAGUGCAGCGGCGAUGACUACGACAAGGCAGGCAGCAUUCUGCAUGAGAUGACGCAUCUUUAUGGAACGACGGAUUACGCAUACGGCUAUACGGCGGCACAGAAACUGAGUGCGAGUCAGGCGGCCGCAAACGCUGAUACGUACGAGAUGUAUGCGGAGAGUGUGAGGCUGGGAGGUUGCACUGUGGGUAAAUAG